GCAUUUUUCGAGUACAUCACUUAAUUUUUCCAUUUUUUAUUUUGGCACGGAAAGAUAUUUGCUAAGUACUAUUGUUAUUGAGGCUAUAAAAUACUGCUACUACAUGGUGUGUGACUUGUUUUGUUGGACUCUAUCAGUGUGCGUUGUGUCCAAGAGAUCUCUCUUUCUCGCCAGCAAAGCAUUCAUCAAAUACAGCGCCCCCCCUCCCCCCCUCCCUCUCCCCGCCCCCGCUCAACUACUCUUACCAUUUCUAUACACAACGAUUCGCAUUUUGUUACACAACCUAAACGACGUCGUUUUUCUACAUUGUCGCCGCCGACAAUGGCAGAUUUACUCACCGGAUCUAUUCUCACAGUGGUACUAGGUUUAGUCGCAGUGUUUUGGUUUUUGGUUUGGAAGAAUAGUGGGCGGAGAAAAAUUGAAAUCAUUGACCCGACUACUAAUAGCACUGCCACGACGACGGUAUAUGAUGGAGAAUGUAGAUCAAAGGAUGGAGAUGAUGACGUGGAUAUUAUUGUUGUCGGUGCCGGCGUUGCUGGUGCUGCUCUCGCUCAUACACUUGGCAAGGAAAGGCGUCGUGUAAAAGUAAUUGAACGAGAUUUGACGGAGCCUGAUCGAAUUGUUGGAGAACUCCUGCAACCAGGUGGCUACCUCAAAUUGCAGGAGUUGGGAUUGGAAGAUUGUGUGGAGAAAAUUGAUGCUCAACGAGUGUUUGGGUAUGCUCUUUUCAAGGAUGGUAAGAGCACACGUCUUUCUUAUCCCCUGGAGAAAUUUCACUCUGAUGUUUCUGGAAGGAGCUUCCACAAUGGGCGUUUCAUUCAAAGAAUGCGAGAGAAAGCUGCAUCUCUCCCCAAUGUCAAGCUAGAGCAAGGUACUGUUACGUCUCUGCUUGAAGAAAACGGGACCAUUAGAGGUGUUCAGUACAAGACUAAAUCUGGUGAAGAGAUGAAAGCAUAUGCACCAUUAACCGUAGUAUGUGAUGGUUGUUUCUCGAAUCUACGGCGUACCCUUUGCGAUCCGAAGGUAGAAGUGCCUUCUUGUUUUGUUGGUCUGGUCCUGGAGAACUGCCAGCUUCCACAUGAAAAUCAUGGACAUGUCAUUUUGGCUGAUCCAUCACCUAUUUUGUUCUAUCCCAUAAGCAGUACUGAGGUCCGUUGUCUGGUUGAUGUACCUGGUCAAAAAGUGCCUUCUAUUUCGAAUGGUGAAAUGGCCAAAUAUUUGAAAAGCGUAGUUGCUCCCCAGGUCCCUCCUGAGAUAAAAGAUGCAUUCAUUGCUGCAGUUGACAAUGGAAACAUCAGGACAAUGCCGAACCGAAGCAUGCCAGCUGCUCCUCAUCCAACUCCUGGUGCUCUUCUCAUGGGAGAUGCAUUCAAUAUGCGCCACCCCUUGACUGGUGGAGGAAUGACUGUGGCAUUGUCUGAUAUUGUUGUAUUGCGUGAUCUUCUCAAACCUCUUCGUGAUUUGAAUGAUGCCCCUACUCUUUGCAGAUAUCUGGAGUCCUUUUACACCUUGCGUAAGCCUGUGGCCUCCACCAUCAAUACAUUGGCUGGUGCCUUGUAUAAGGUGUUUUGUGCUUCACCUGAUCAAGCUAGGAAGGAGAUGCGCGAAGCAUGCUUUGAUUAUUUGAGCCUUGGUGGAGUAUUCUCAGAAGGACCAGUAUCUUUGCUUUCUGGCUUAAACCCUCGUCCAUUAAGUCUCGUUUGUCAUUUCUUUGCUGUGGCUAUCUUUGGUGUUGGUCGCUUGCUGCUUCCUUUCCCAUCACCCAAACGUAUAUGGAUUGGAGCCCGACUAAUAUCGGGUGCAUCUGCAAUCAUUUUUCCUAUCAUCAAGGCAGAAGGGGUCAGGCAGAUGUUCUUCCCCGCUACCGUUCCUGCAUACUAUAGGUCUCCUCCUGAAGUGAGGUUGUAACUGCUUUAAACAGAAUAAGGCUAUGCCAUUCUGCCUCCUCCAUCAGUAUUCUGGUUAUGAGUUUCAUAGUUUAGUCCCAACUGUUUCAUAAUUUUCGGUUGCUAAUGUUUUCUUGUAAUAUUUUUCCUUUACGUUUGUUCCCGUCAUUGAAUACAUUAUUAACUGGAAAGUGAAUAUAAGCUGUACAGUCAUGUAUUUUUCUCUGUUCUA